AUGGCCAUCACGGCGAUCCACGCGCGGACAUGCGGCGCGCCCGAGUGGAACACCGACUACUACGGCGACGACGUCUCCAACUUUGUGACGACCGGCGACUUCAACAGCAUGCUCCAGCAGUGCUGCGACGGCUGCACGGCCAACAGCACGUGCGUCGCCUACACGCUCGCCAACAACGUCUGCUACCUCAAGUCGGGCGGCGGCAACCGCAAGCCGGUGGCCGGCGCCACGUCCGUGCUAAUGUCCCGCACACCGGCCCCCGUCGGUACGUGCACUGCGCCCGAGAGUAACGUCGACUACUAUGGCAACGACCUCUCCAAGCAGCUCGUGUCGGGCAGCCAAGCUGACCAGACCAAGGCGUGCUGCGACGCUUGUGCCAAAACGGAUGGCUGCAACGCGUUUUCAAUCGCAGAAGGAAUCUGCUACCUCAAGUCGUCGGACGCUGGGCGCAAGGCGGCACCGGGUGUCAUCUCGGCUAAGAAGGCAGGCGCGACACCGACACCGACGCCGACACCGACACCGACGACCACGCCGACACCGAUCGUUGGCCGAAAGUGUGGAACAUCACUGCCCCGCCGACGCCGACGACUGCCCCGCCAACACCGACGACGGCUCCGCCGAACGCCAACGCCGACACCGGACCCGACGGGGUCGACGCUUCGCAAGUGUGGCAACCCCGAGUGGAACACGGACUUUUUCGGCAAUGACCUCUCGGACUUCCAGGCGACCGGCGACUUUGGCGCGAUGCUCAGCCAGUGCUGCGACGCGUGCAAGAAGAGUACCAAGUGCAACGCCUACACGCUUGCUGAGGGGGUCUGCUACCUCAAGACGACGGCCGGCAACCGCAAGCCGACACCCGGUGCGACCUCGGUUGCCGUCAUCACCAUCGCGUCGUAAAAGCAUCCAUGGUCCACGCAUCGUCUACUGUAAUUUCAAUGUUUGGCAACCGC